AUGACGUCGCCGCACUCCCCAGUCCCACCCGUGACAGGUUUCAAUGCUGCUCAAAAUCCAGGGCCCAGCCUGUCAACAUCUCAAUCUCAGCCUUGCCCCGACAACGUCACCGGUACCCAGAACACAGUGUCCGUACGUCCCCCAACAGUUGUUCAAGGCCAGUCCAACGAUGACAGAGCUUAUCAAGAAGGUGUUAGACUGUCCCUUCAAGAUCAGAACAGAACGCACUCCACAGCCAAACAGGGUGCCGAACUCGACAAUCUAAUAUUCAGCCUCAACAAUGAGUUCCCUCUUUUGGAUGAUCCAGAAGGCGAUACGGUCAUCUACUUGGGCCCCCCCCCUAAAAUGCCAGAACAGACUGACAAGGAAUAUCAAUAUAUUGUCAAUCACUUUGACCAUGUUUAUGUGGUCAAAAGUACGACACUAAGGCUCAUGGGCGAGUCCUCGAGGUUCAACGACCGCGACCUCUUAGGUCCCAAGUCGGUACGCACGGAGCGAAUUUUGCGAAAGUUAGGCAUCCUGGCCAAGGCAGAGGCGAAGAAGGGUCAGAAAUUCAAAUACCACAUUGACCUCCGUCCGCCCAACGAAGGUGAUGAGGCCGUCUUUCUCCUCACUGAGUUGACAUGUUCUAGAGGUGUUCUGACUUGGCAUCUGGCUUUCGACAAAUACGGACUGCCGCCACUCGCCGUUUCAGGCCACGAUGGAUAUGGAGACUGUCCACAGGCUGUGAAUGACCCCAGUCCAUCAGGCUCUUCCCGUGCCACAACUACAAAAACAAACGUCUCCAGCGCCUCUCACCCGGUAUCCAAGCAUGUACCCUCGGGCACGGAAGCAGCUCCUCCCGUUGACGCCCCAUUACUCAAGAUUGGCCCAGAGUACUCUCCCAUCCGCCAUUGGUCUGCCAUCGAACGUCUUCUUCAUGCUAUCCACGGCAACGAUCCAAAACUUGAUUCCGCAGCCAAGGUCUGGACCUACUUCGCCAUUGCUAGAUAUUUUCGCUGUGCUCAUCAUGAACGGGUCUCUGGGUGGAUCACAGCUUGGAUCUACGAAAACAACAACGUGGAUUUCAUCCAAAACAAUCCUGAAGUGGCAUAUCGAAUGGGAAUGGGAAUCAGAUCAUCGGUCCUCGUACAAGAUGCAUUCUCCAUUCUCGUCGGAGAGAGAGCUCUGACUAACGUGCUUGGAGAAUUCAAUCCAGCCAUCCUCUCUCCGCUCGACCAGAGCGUGCAUGGGCGCAAGCUCGAACUCCUAGGGGAUGAUGAGCGUAACCGCAUUGACCACGCAGCCGCUUCUUUUGUCACAAGAAUCCGAGGGGUUGUACACUACCUUUGCCAAGACAUGGGCUGGCUGCUCAAGUGUAGAAGUUACGCACUCCUCAACGAGGCUGGUAAAGUGACUCCUACGGAGCUUGAGCUGCUAGAGUCGACGAAGCAUCUUGUCAAAGAGUACAUCCGGUCUCGGAUUUAUUAUGUUCUUUGCCAGGAUCAAGGCACUUUUUCCGAGCUGGAAGGCGAUCCAGAGUCAACUCUCCCGUUUCGGCCAAGUACAGGAGAGCACUACCAUUCAGUGUACAAUUCUCUCAACCAGCCCAUGAGGAUGUUUACCAAGACCUUCUGGCUUGCACUGCAACGCACAGACUUCGGAGCAGCUUCACACAACACUACACACAAAGGUACAGUCGGCAUCCACACUAACACCUCGCCUUAUAUUGACGCGCUUCGCGAGCUCUGUCGGGAUGAUCCGGAAAAUAGAAUCAAACCCAUCUCACGAAGUACUCUCGACAAAAAGAUUGCUGCCGUCAAUCGGAUCCUGUGGAGAGUGCCUCUCGAUGAGGGGACCCAGGCACGGCUGGACCUCCUGAGUGGAUUCGGGAAGAUCCCAGAGAGGCACGCGGAAUCAACACAAGUGGAAGCAAUUCCAUCGGGAAUUCCAAAGCACAGCUUUGACAGGUCUGAGCACUCUUCACCUGAUGUUUCGCUGGCGAAACGUCGGAAGACUCUCGAAUCAAAGGAUAUGCCGCAAAAUCUACCAUCCGCCAGCAGGACUAGCCUUUUUUCUGCAUCGCAAGACCGAAGUCCUGUGAAGUCGCGCAAGACAAGUGGUCUGAAUACAUAUGGGAAUCGGAGCUCGCCGAUGCCAAAGGAUGAUCAGCCCGCCGUUGCUCAUAGGCCGAAACAGAAAGGUGUGCUUGAAAAUGUCAGAACCUACGUCCAGAAUCAUAUCUCCCGCCCAAGCGAGCAGGCAGACGAAGAUCAGGAGCCCCUUAUGCACCAAAUCCGAAGUACAUCUGGUCCUCAAACUCACGCUCAUAGUCCUGAGCCCUCGGUGAGCGACGUCCAAAGUACCAACGACGCUUCUGGGCCCGAGCCUGACCCCCCAACUGCUGGAUUUCCUAUUGAGCCGACAACGGCAGCAGUAGUAGAGGCUUCCCAUUCUCUGGACAUGCAAUUCAACGCGUGGAAAGGCAUUUGGGAAGACUGGGGAACGCCUGAGAAGAGCGAAAAGGACGCUUUCAUGGCAUGGGGCGACGAUCCCACUAAUACCACCAACACCACAUGGACCUUGGCCUAUCCCAUCAGCCCAGCAACCCUGCUUCACCAAGUCAACAACGAGAUCUCCAACCUCUGCUCCACCAUUCUGUACCCUUCUCAUCUGUUCCACCAGAGCGGUCUGCUUCCGACCAAUCUUUUCGACAACCUGCUUUGUCUUGACGCGAACGAGUUCCGAUAUCUACCACUGUGGAACCCCGACGGACUCGAUGACGGUUCAGGAGGAGUUUUUGACGAAUGCCCCGUCCCCAACCUCGACCCACUGAGCUCCAGAUAUGAACCCUUCGCAGCUGGACGAAUCAGGGCGCCAUACGACCAGGACCAGAAUCGAGAGACCGAUUCCGAAUUUACCGACAUUGCCAGCGAGGCUAUUAGUACCGUUGGGAAGGCUAGUAAGCUCGCUACAGACGGCACCGAGACCGUCAAAAGUUUGUCAAGCAUUAGCCUUGGCGAGUCUGCGCGAGGGGACGGCGACGACGACGGCGAGACGGUGGUGCUGAGCUGCGGAUUGGGCAGUGUCGUGCAAGGGCUGCAUGACAUGGAGAUAACUCGCGCGGACAAUGAAAGAGACACAGCCGUCGGCAUGAGCGACGACGAUGUUGAAGCAGGAGACGGUGUCGAGGACAAACCUGAAGACGACGAUGGACUGUAUGAGGACGAUGACGAUGACGAUUACAAUGACGGUUAUGGCGGAGAUGAUGACACCAAUACUAUGAACGGGCAUCAAGAGACCUCGACGACCUUACAGCCCUCCCCCACUUCGACUGGUGACCGCGGUGACAGGGACGACUUUGAAUGGUUGUGA